AUGAAGUUACCGGUGCUCCUGUUGGGUUGGGUCAUUUGCUACACGGCCGCGGCCACUGAAUCGCCCGGAUUCUUCAUCAAACUAUCCAAAAGUGUACCGCGGAUCGGUCGCAGGGGUGAUUUGGAGAACUUUUUCCUCAAACAAUCGAAGAGUGUCCCACGAAUUGGACGACGUGCCGGCGGUUAUAUGGUUCUCCACCGUGAAGCUGCGGUUCCGAUGCAGGAAGCAACGGGAUCGAACUGGUUCGAACGGUACAUGAAAACGGUCAAACGUCCUGCACCCGGUGGAGCGUCGAUGGGGAUGGAUGAUGCCGGCAAGUCGUACAAGAAGAUUCGUCCACUCGAUCUGAACCACAUCAUCGACAUCCUGUCGGAUGAUCUAUUCUUUGGUUCGGAUCUUAAGUUUAUCUCUUGGGAAGUGCUGGAUGAGGCACUCGAGGAGGAUCCGGAGUUGCUGCAGAAGCUGGCUUCGCUCGCUCGGGACAAGGAAGUGCAACAGCUGAAGCAUAUGCUGGGUGAUCAUGUCGAAGAACAGGUGCAGUACGUACCGCUCGAUCGGAAUGAGAUAAAUGCGGCCGGUAGCCGGGCCUACAUGUACCGUGUGGAUCGUGCCGCUUCCGAACCGAACAAGGAGCGCAUCGAGUAUCAACAGUAA